AUGACCGAUACCAUCACCAUCAAUAACCAAACACUGCUUCACAUAAACAUGACCAAUGUCACCAAACUCUCUCCACUUAAUUAUCUCAUGUGGAAGCUUCAAGUUCACGCUCUCGUGGAUGGGUAUGAUCUUGCCGAUUACCUUGAUGGCUCCGGUAAGAUCCCUUCCGCCACUGUCACCACUGAAGGUGUCGUUUCUGAAAAUCCAGACUAUGUCAACUGGAAACGUCAGGAUAAACUGAUUUAUAGUGCUCUUUUGGGCUCUAUAUCUCUUGUAGUGCAACCAAUCCUCUCUCUCACCACCACCUCAUGCGAGAUUUGGAACACUAUUGCUGACACAUACGGCAAACCCAAUCGUGGCCAUGUUCAACAGAUCUAUGAUCAGUUGAAGGCAUGGACCAAAGGAAUCGUACGAUUGACGAUGGACCAUGACGACCAAAUUGAGCUGAUUCUUGAGGGUCUUCCUGAAGAAUAUCGUCCCAUUAUUGAUCAAGUUGAGGGUCGAGAUACAUCUCCCACCAUCGCUUAUGUUCAUGAGAGACUGCUCAAUCGGGAGGCAAAGCUUCUAUCAAAGGUUGUUGUCACUUUGCUCCCUGUCACCGCAAACGUGGCUACUCAUCGCAACAAUACCAACAACAACAACAACAAUCGUGGCGGUCACUACAACAAAUCUCGCUCGAGCAACACCGGAUCACAGACUUCUUUUUCUCAACACUCUAAUCAUCGUUGUGACAACCGUCCGUUUCGUCCUUACCUCGGUAAAUGUCAAUUUUGCAACGUUCAGGGUCACUCUGCUCGCCGCUGUCCCCAGCUCCAGAAUCACCCCUCUGUCUCCGAUUCUCAGUAA